AUGCCGCGUAAAAGAUCCUUUCGUCGAUCUGAGGCAGCGAAGCGGAGAAGAGCUGAGCAGUUGACAGCGAAGCGGAGCAGUGCUGAGCAGUUGACGAAGGAUUUUUUUGUGGCGAAUGGACCCCCGCAGGAUGGCGAUAUUGGUGUUUGCAGCACUGGAUAUCGCCAUAGAGCGGGAAAAUGGCCAAUUUCCUCCUUUACUGGACGACAACACAAGUUGGUCAUUCCUCCUGAGUCUCCAGACAAGAAGUUUGUCCUUCUUGUUGGAUGCUCCCAUCUACGAGCCAUUGCAGACGGUUACGUGGAGAUGCCAGAGGGGCUUUCUUUUGGUGUCAUGUCGACGCCGGGGGCCUGUGCAGCUGAGUUGCGGACGGAGGUGCUGAAUGCUGUUGUCCCGCGAACACCUGAUGUCGUCUGUCUUUUGGCCCCCAGCAACGACCUCACAGCGAGCCGAACCAUCGACGAGGCAGGGGUCGAUUUUGACAAGCUCCUGAGAAGUGUCUGCAAUCGAUGGCCUCAGGUGGUGGUGUUGGACUUCCCUCCAAGGUUGAAUGUAGCUGUCGAUCUGCAGGACCACCUGAGGCAAGAGUAUCAUCGUGUGGCUGCACGUGCAGGUGUCAAGUACGUCUCUACUGCGGAGCAUUUUCCUGUGCACAACCGUAACCUGUGGGGCCCAGACAACGUUCAUUUGAGUGACAGUGAGGGAAUGGACGUCUUGACGCAGCUGUUCUGGAUUGCUGCUUAUCUGCACCUGGAGACGCCUGCGCCGCAGCCACAGGUUGCUCCCAAGACAUCACCGCCUGCCAGACGAUUCUCUCCAAAGGUGGUUGUGAAGGGAGAGGUCGCCGUGCCACGGCCGUGUCAAACGGACGAAGAAGGAUAUACGACUGUUAGUUACAGCAGGAAGGUAAGAUGAUGCACACUGUAAUAA